UAAGCCCCCCUCCUAUUCGAAGCCGGGUGUGGCCUCGCCCUUUUGCUCUUCCUUCGGUUUGGCUCCACGAAGGCGCCGCCUAGACUAGGAGCCCCACUCAUAUUCAAAAGGCGCCCAGCUUUCAAGACGAUGAUAAUAAUUAGUCAACUUUUUCCAAUAUCAUGGAAUAGCAUGGCCCGGGGCUAUGGUAACUCCAGUGGGAGAGCCGUGUUAUGGGUGACCUUAUUGCAUGGUUCAGAGAGCACUUGUGUAUGUGAUGCAAGUGAACGUGUACGAAAAAGUUGUCGUAAAGUUUCGUUGUUCGUUCCGUCGUUGACCCUAUAUAUGUUUCUACGAUGGCCCAAGAUCACGCUCAUUCUUCAGCCGUAGAGAGACUUUUGAAUUGUGAGGUACCAUUACGAGCUCAAUAUAUAAGAGUGUUAUUCUAUGAAAUAACUCGAAUUUCAAAUCAUUCACUUGCUUCAACUACUCAUGCUAUGGACGUGGGAGCAUCAACUCCGUUCCUUUGGGCUUUUGAGGAGCGGGAGAAAUUGUUGGAAUUCUAUGAAAGAGUCCCGGGAGCCAGGAUGCAUGCCAGUUUCAUACGACCUGGUGGAGUGGCACAAGAUCUGCCUCUUGGCUUAUAUCGAGAUAUUGAUUCCUCCUCACAACAAUUUGCUUCUCGUAUCGACGAAUUAGAAGAGAUGUCAACCGGCAACCGUAUCUGGAAACAACGAUUAGUGGAUAUUGGUACUGUCACUGCACAGCAAGCAAAGGAUUGGGGAUUCAGUGGUGUAAUGUUAAGAGGUCUGAAUUGGUGGGCCUACCCAUCCCGACCUGGGGUAUGUUGGGAUUCGCGAAGAGCAGCACCUUACGAUGUUCAUGACCAAUCGGGUCUUGACGUACCAGUAGGUACCAGAGGAGAUCGCUAUGAUCGUUACUGUAUCCAUAUUGAAGAGAUGCGACAAAGUGUUCGGAUCAUUGUGCAAUGUCCUAAUCAAAUGCCUAGUGGCAUGAUCAAAGUCAAUGAUCGUAAGCUAUGUCCUCCAUCACGAUCUCGAAUGAAACUAUCCAUGGAAUCCUCAAUUCACCAUUUCGAACUUUAUAUAGAAGGUUUUUCCGUACUAGCUCCUUCUACCUAUACCGUAGUCGAAGCACCUAAAGGUGAAUUUGGUGUCUUUCUUGUCAGUAAUGGGAGUAAUCGUCCCUACCGUUGUAAAAUAAGAGCACCUGGCUUUGCCCAUUCACAAGGACUCGAUUCUAUGUCCAAACAUCACAUGCCAGCAGAUGUAGUCACCAUCAUAGGUACUCAAGAUAUUGUGUUUGGAGAGGUAGAUAGAUAGGACGUAGUCUUGCUCGAUCAGGACCCUAGCUUUAUUGCGAGCCAAAACUGC